AUGGUAGGCGACGAUGCGCCGCAGCGCCGGCCGGGAGAGCACGAAGCCCGAACCGCCGUGGGCAAAGAUGACGUCGCCGAUCUGCAUCUGGUUGCCCAGGUAGAAGGGGUCGUCGGCAUUAAACUGCGCCAGCUAGGCGAGCAGAUUCGCCUACAGGAUAUACGUGUCGGCCUCCAUGAAGACGUACCACUUAGCGUCGGGGCGGGCGUUAAGGGUCUCGUGCAUCAUCGGGAGGAACUUCCAUUUAUCGAGGAUCCAGCCCGGGUUGUUGGGCUUACCGGACGACAUGCUAGGGUCGUCGGGGAUAUGCCAUGUCGACAGGGCUGCUUUCCCGGCCUCGCGCAGGUGGGUGUAGAGUGCGAAGUCAGGGUACGUGAAUUUGAUGCGUUCGUCGACGCCUCAGAGCACGUCGUGCAUCGGCACGCCGGAGAUCUCGUCCUCGUAGUCAGAGAAGAGGGUGUAGUUCCGGACGCACCGGAACGUGGUGUUAAAGUGGACGAGGAGCCGAGCUACGGGUUCUGUCGUGCCGGUCUUGAGGAUAACGUGGAUGUCGUCGAGGCCGGAGGGACACUUGGUGUCCGCCGGGUCUGGUGUGACAUUGAGUGA